GGACGAGGUUUUUGGUUAUUGAGUUUCAAUUGGACCGUAGGUUUUCCGUUUUAGUUUGAGCUAGAGGAUACAUUUUGAUGGAGUUAUGGAGGAGAUGGAGUUGAUGAAGAAUUGCUUUCGUUGUGUAAGUUCUAGUUGAUGAAGGAUUCGUUUGUUGAUUUGGAUUAUCGGAGAAGUUUGUUAUUUUUUACGGUUUUGGACGUUAUUGAAUUUCGGAAUCGGAGGGAAGCGUGUUCUCUUUGGGAGGAUUAGAAAGUGAAGAUCUGUACUCUGAAGUAACGCUGAUUUGAAGUUGUCGUAGACCUAUGUUGGUUCAGAAGUGAAGCAAACUUGUGGAAUCUUGCAAAAGUGGAAUCUUGUUUUAUCUGUUUUGGGUUCCUGUGAAGUUUGUUGCCAUCUUGACCACCAGGGACUUGUUAAUUUAUGAUCGUGAGAACUUUUAUUCGAAGAAGUUUUGUUUGUGUAAUCUCUGUGGGAUAGAAUUUGAUUCAACAUGGUUAGCGGAAACCUCUUCAGCUGUAGAAAGCAUUCGUGGCCUCCCGAAGAGUAUGUCAACAAGGCGACCUUGCAAUUGUUGGACUUUGACAGUGCUGCCCCACCAGAAGAAGCAUGGAGGAGGAGACUAAAUAGCCAUGCUAAUAUACUCAAAGAAUUUAGUGUCACAUUUGUGGAGGCAAUAAAGAUGGUAGGGCUCGGCUUUCGUCUUUGGUCAUAUGUCAGAGAAGAGGCUUCUCAGGGAAGGAAAGCACCUAUUGAUCCAUUCACGCGGGAAAGUUGCAAGCCCUCGGCAUCCCAAGGGGUUCCACUUGGGGGUAUGGGGAGUGGUAGCAUAUCAAGAGGUUUUAGAGGGGAGUUCAGGCAAUGGCAAAUUAUUCCUGGUUUACGUGAAGCAUCUCCUGUCAUGGCUAAUCAGUUCUCGAUCUUCAUAUCCCGAGAUCGAGGAAAUAAAACCUAUGCAUCGGUUUUAGCACCUGGACAGCAUGAAGGGCUAGGGAAAUCUUGUGAUAAGGGUAUUUCAUCGUGGGGUUGGAACUUGAGUGGUCAGCAUUCCACAUAUCAUGCACUAUUUCCCAGGGCAUGGACAAUAUAUGAUGGUGAACCAGAUCCAGAAUUGAAGGUUUCCUGUCGUCAAAUAUCACCUUUCAUACCACAUAACUAUCGAGAGAGCAGCCUUCCUACUGCUGUAUUUGUUUACACGUUGGUGAACACUGGGAGAGAAAGGGCAAAAGUCAGCCUUCUCUUAACCUGGGCAAAUUCAAUUGGAGGAAUCUCACAUCUGUCAGGAGAUCAUGUGAACGAACCUUUCAUAGGCGAAGAUGGAGUUUCUGGUGUGCUUCUUCAUCACAAGACCUCAAAAGAUAACCCUCCAGUCACUUUUGCCAUAGCAGCUUGUGAAACUCAGAAUGUGAAUGUGACUGUUUUACCAUGUUUUGGACUCUCUGAUGCGAGUCAAGUCACAGCCAAAGAUAUGUGGGAUACAAUGGUACAGGAUGGGCAUUUUGAUCGGGAAAACUUCAAUGCUGGACCCAGCAUGCCAUCGUCACCUGGAGAGACACUUUGUGCAGCAGUUUCAGCAUCUACAUGGGUAGAACCUCAUGGAAAGUGCACUGUUGCAUUUGCUGUAGCAUGGUCAUCUCCAAAAGUGAAGUUUUUAAAGGGUUCUUCCUAUUACAGGAGGUACACUAAAUACUAUGGCACUUCUGAAAGGUCAGCUCUUGAUAUUGUGCAUGAUGCGCUAAUUAAUUAUAAAUGGUGGGAGGAAGAGAUAGAGAACUGGCAAAAUCCUAUUCUCAGAGACGACAAGCUUCCAGAAUGGUACAAAUUCACAUUGUUUAAUGAGCUUUACUUUCUGGUCGCUGGAGGAACAGUUUGGAUUGAUUCAUCACCAUCACGAGCUACAGACGAUAAAGUGUCCUCAGGUGGUAAUCAGUGCAAAGCCACAAAAAUAGAUCAGGCUGAUAAUAGAGCAACUGUGGCCAGUGUAAACUGCGCUGAAGCUGCUGUUGUUGAGCAUAGUGGCGUUAAUAGUCAUGAUAGUGCUUCUGGAAAUGAAUUACAUGAGGAGAGAUCAGACAAUAGAUCUUCAUGUCAAGAUAUGCCGGUUGCUCCUGUGAAGAGGGAAAAUGGUUUUGCUUAUAUGCAUUUCAAAACCGAUCCAGAUAAUGAUAAUGAAGAUGUAGGUAGAUUUUUGUACUUGGAGGGAGUAGAGUAUAUCAUGUGGUGUACAUACGAUGUCCACUUCUAUGCAUCUUUUGCCCUUCUAAUUCUGUUUCCUAAAAUCGAGCUCAGUAUACAACGUGAGUUUGCAAAAGCAGUCUUAUCUGAGGAUGGAAGAAAAGUUAGGUUUCUGGCAGAGGGCAAUUGUGGAAUUCGUAAGGUGAGGGGAGCUGUUCCCCAUGAUUUGGGACAACAUGACCCAUGGAAUGAAAUGAAUGCAUAUAAUAUUCAUGAUACAAGCAAUUGGAAGGACCUCAACCCAAAGUUUGUUCUUCAGGUUUAUAGGGAUUUUGCUGCAACAGGUGACAUGUCAUUUGGAGUGGAUGUGUGGCCAGCUGUUCGUGCUGCAAUGGAGUACAUGGAACAGUUUGACAGGGACGGCGAUGGUCUCAUUGAGAAUGAUGGAUUCCCUGAUCAAACAUAUGAUACUUGGACAGUUCAUGGCAUUAGUGCUUAUUGUGGUUGCUUGUGGCUUGCGGCGCUCCAAGCUGCUGCUGCAAUGGCUCUUCGUCUUGGUGAUAGGGCCUUUGCUGACAAGUGCAAAAGAAUUUUUUUGAAGGCCAAAUCUGUGUUUGAAGCAAAACUGUGGAAUGGAUCAUAUUUUGACUAUGAUAGUGGGUCAAGUAGCAACAGUAAAUCUAUACAAGCUGAUCAACUUGCAGGGCAAUGGUACACAGCCUCUUCAGGUUUGCCUCCUCUUUUUGAUGAUUUCCAAAUCAAAAGCACCCUCCAUAAAAUAUAUGAUUUCAAUGUUAUGAAAGUUAGAGGAGGGAGGAUAGGUGCUGUAAAUGGAAUGCAUCCAAAUGGAAAGGUGGAUGAAUCUUGCAUGCAGUCACGUGAAAUCUGGACGGGUGUCACCUAUGGUGUGGCAGCUACUAUGAUUCUUGCUGGCAUGGAGGAACAAGCAUUCACAACAGCUGAAGGCAUUUUCACUGCUGGCUGGUCGGAGGAGGGAUAUGGAUACUGGUUCCAAACUCCUGAAGGCUGGACAAUUGGUGGGCACUACCGUUCCUUGAUAUAUAUGAGGCCUCUUGCUAUUUGGGGCAUGCAGUGGGCGCUGUCUGUGCCGAAGGCAAUUCUUGAGGCUCCCAAAAUCAACAUGAUGGACAGAAUCCACAUAUCUCCCCACAGUGCAAGAGCAGCCUACGACUCAGGCGUCAGGAAAGUAGCCCCCAAAGCAAGCUGUUUCAGCAACUCAGUUUUCAACUGUUCAUGCUGAUUGUUAACCAUGAGAAAAUGUGCAGUUGUAGGUAACAUUUAGUAGAGAAAGGUUUGUCUAACCUAUGCUGCUCCCCAAAAGCUUCCAGCAAUAGAAAAUAAAUUGCUGGGGGGAAGGGUUGGGAGGCUAGUCUCUUCAUAAGCCUGUAAUAAAAGGCUAGGUCAUUUACAUCUAGCAUUGUAGAAUAGCUAUGUUUAAAAAUAUUAAAUAUAAACGAGCAUUGUCCAUGUAAACAAUAGUUCAUCAAUAGCCAUCAUUUUUAGGACACCAUUAGCCUAAUCUUAUUUGCCACUGCCAUUUAUAUAGAGGAGUGUCUAAAGCUACCUGGGUUUGACUGUUGGAGGGAAGACGCAAAGACAUAAUUGAACAGAGUAUGUUUUUCCUCCUGUAUAAUUCCAGGUGUAAUGGAGACUGCCAGUUGUGAAAGGAUCAUGGAUAUAAGAAAUACUUUCUUGAGGUUUCUUUUUGUA